ACAUCAAGAAUGCUGCUGUCUAUCACCAGUAUUUCUACGAUGUCCAACAUCUUCUGGAAGACAUGAAUGGAUUCUUGUCUUGGUUGAACUGUGUGAAGAUGAAACAGAAGCUUGAAAUUGGUGACCCAGAUGUUAUGGGGUCACACAUCAGGAAUGUUCUAAACCAUUUACUGGAUUACCAGCUCCGAACCGAGAAGUUGUUUGAACAAAGUCGUCAAGUGUACCCAGUAAAUGCUCGCACCGAACCUCUAACACAUGCUGUGAAAGCCAAAGCUCUCCUGUGUUAUCAACAUGAAGAUAUUUUAAUAGUAAAAGGUGAAACUUGUAUCUUGCUUGAAAAUUCUGAUCCAGCCAGAUGGAAAAUAAGAAAUUGUCGUGGCAAAGAAGGUGAAGUUCCUGCAAUUCUUUUAGUCAUUCCGCCUCCUCAUUCUGAAGCUUGCAAUGAAGCCUCAAGGCUUCGUCAACAAAUGGUUGUUCUAUGGAGAGCUGCUCAGCCUUUACUCAGACAACACAUAAUGACAUUCCUCAGUAAAAUUGCGAAAGACACUCAAACCAAGCAGCUCCAGACCUUUAGUGCCUCUCAAAAAGCUAAUACAAUGAAAUUAUUAAACGAAGCCAUCCAACUUUUUCAUGGUUCUUCCUUUGACCAAGAUUACAAGAACUUCCAGAAACAUGUCUCUGGUAUCAGAAGAGUUCUCACUCAGACACGCACAAACAAAGAUCAAGCUGACUCAAGCUCACAAGCCUGCCGCACCUGGUAUAAAGCGGAACGAGUAGUUAUGAUGUACAAGAACUUGAUGUUGUACAGUAACAACUACGAAGAGACAGUCAACUCCUCAACAGAGCAGCAACAGGUCAUGCUACAGCUAACCAACCCUCCACUUACUUACACAUCUAAAGCGUAUUUCGAGAAAGCAAAACCCAUAGAAAUCAACCAAGACACGAGUAAAUCGUCAAAUUUUACAGUAAAAGCUGAAAUCUACAUCUCAGAACGCUUCUCCUCCAGCAAACAGACGAAUGACAGAAUUGAUAAAUUGAAAUCAGGAAAUGGGACUUUGACGAAGGCAGACGACGACGUCGAUGGACGUCUGCUGACAGCAACAAAGAACACAGAAAAUCACCAAAUGAAACCUUUUGCCAUUACUGGAGUCCUUGACCAUCAGAAUCGACCCAUAAGUCUUCUUAAAGCUUUUACCGAAGGCAUUUUGGAUCAAGUCCGUGGUACGUACACCAACCCCAAAACGGGGGCAGUCAUAUCCAUUCCUGAAGCAAUAAGUCGAGGUCUUAUUGUUGUUAAUUACAAAGACGAAGUUGGUGACAGUACAGAGAAAGCCCAGUCAAAUGGCAUUGGUACACCUGCAAAUCAUAUUGACAGCAGUUCAAUCCUUGCAUCAGGGAUUAUCGAUCCUCGAACUGGUGAAGUGAUGAGCAUAAAACAAGCAAUCGCAGCUGGCAUUUUGAACAUGACAUCAGGUAAAUACAUAAAUCCAAUCACCAAGGAAGAAAUGCCUCUUCUUGAAGCAGUUAAGACCGGAUAUGUCCAGAUCAAUCCGAGCGUUAUCGAAGCUUUGUCAGAACCAGGAGUUUAUACCCAGUUUCAACUUGGAGAUGUCACAUAUGUUGUAGACAACGUCGUUGAUCCUUCAACCAAGGCUAACAUAUCACUGAAGAGAGCCAUUAGUGAUAACAUCAUUGACUUGAACACAGGAACUUAUCGUAACCCUGUGGACGGUGAAAGUAUACCAGUGUCGGAAGCCGUUUCUAAAGGUUUAAUUGCUAUCCAUCCGUUAAAUCCUAACAUCGACAAAAAUAACAACAACACAAUUUGUGUGAAAGAACUGCGAGUGAAACAAGAGCGAUACAUUGCAGCCCACACAGAAGCGGUGCUUUUGAACUGUGAUAAUGUAGAUUCUUCACGUCCUGAUCCAAACGUUGCUAUAUAUGAAAAACUCAGUAAAAAAGUUGAUCUCAAUUUGAAAGGAAUCAAAGAUCCAAACACAUCGAAGUCUUUAACAAUCGAUGAAGCUUACCAAAAAGGCGUCUUGAACUUUGCAAAAAUAUCAUACGAUCAAAUGGACGGAGAAUUAAUACCGUUGCCUGAGGCCACUGCCAAAGGCGUUGUAGAAUCUAAUGUUCUGAAAGAGAUCCUCUCUGCGUAUGAAGAAUCCAGUGUUGGUGUGCUCAUUGACGAAGGAGUAUUUGAUUCCGAAACAGGUUUGGUAACUGAUGUCAGUAAUGGACAGACUUUAUCCAUCCAUACUGCAGUACAACAGGAAAUUAUCCAUCCAGAAAUGACGUAUUUUUAUGAAGUGCCUUCCAAUCAAAUACUGAGUUUGUCGGGAGCGAUCGAAAAUGGCCGAUAUGAUAUAAUCACAGGUAAAUAUGUGAAAGCCCACACGCACGAAGAAAUGGAUUUGAAGAAAGCCGCAGAGAAAGGAUUAAUACGAACGCACAUUGAUCCCGAAGAAAUUUCCAAAGUCUGUGAGUCAUUGAACCAUCUUCGACAUUACAUGAACACUGAUAUAAAAGGAGUUGUGAUGCCAAACUCCAACGAUGUAGUCAGCAUUGACGAAGCUGUCCGAGCUGGAGUGCUGGAUUUGACGAAAUGUCUUUAUGUCAACGAGGCUCUUGGAGAGAAGAUGCCAUUAAUCAAAGCUGUAAAAUCAGAGAAAAUCGAGGUGCCAGUAGCUCUUCAGUUGUUUAGUGCCUUAAAUAAAAUGUCUCUGUUCCAGCAGUUAAUGGACAAUAAAAUCCAUCCAGUCACCGGUUUGGUCAGUUUACCAAAUUCUGAUACCACUCUAACGAUCAAACAAGCUACAGAAGCCGGCUAUCUUCAACCUGAUCAUCUAUACUUUAUUGAUCAGACAUCUGGUGAAAUUGCUACGGUGACAUCGUACACAGAUGAAGGAAAGUUCAACCCCGAGAACGGCACAUUCUUGAACAACAAAACUGGCAAGUUUCGCACAAUAUCACAGGCUAUUGAAGAAGGACUUAUUGAUGCUUCCGUCGCACCUGAAAAAUACAUCGAAAAUGCCCCGACGCUUCGAGAGUUGAUUGACAAGCGUAAAAUAAACCCAAGGAAUUCCGUUUUCAUUGCUCCGGAAGGUCAAGAAAUCCCGUUGAGAAAUGCGAUGGCUGAUGGUUUCCUCACGAUGAAUUCCAAAGUGAGGAUAGAUCAGAAGAAUGGCCGUGUGACAUUGGCAUCAAAUGAAGAGGUUGUGAAGGCGUUGGUCCGCGUCAAAGAAAAAGCUGCAUGGCUCUCGGAAGUGGAGAAACUGUUGGUUUCUCAAACGAAACCGAGUGAAAAUCUGGAAAAUUUAAAGAAGCAACAAAUUGAAACAAAGGUAAGACUUGACAAAAUAAAAUUUUGGUAUUUUUUUCUAUUUUACUUUUCUUGAAUUUAUUGAUUUCAG